UUGUUGGUCGAGAAUGGUAUGCAUAUUGUUGAGCGGUAAACUAGUAGCAACCGGAACUUUGCACCCUAGCCUAUUUGGUUUACGGGUUUUUUGUCAUUUGGGUAUUAGGGUCGGAUGAUUGAUCUUCGCCAGUUCAGCGAAGCCAGUCAUCACAUCAUCUGUGCAAUUCCGAUGAGUAGUGUCAAAGCCCGAUAUCAUAUUGGUUCUCCUCCUUCUAUGGCGUCUAAAAUUUUCCUAGCGAAAGGUCAGGGAGGAGAAUCCAUCCACGGACCACUAUCAUCUUAGGCAACUCUAACACCAUGGACAGGCAGAUAUGUACACCUGAAGGUAGCAUUGAAAACAUGAAAAGAGGGAUCUUCCUGUCUACGUUCGAUUUCCUUCGAACUCAUGAUUGUCCUUUCAAAUGGUCACAUCGUGGGAGGAAGUGUUCAAAGCAACUGUGCCUACCUUAGUAUAUCUAUCGAUCAAACGGACUCACACUCGGAAGGAGGUACAGAAACUCGGGAAUGUAGAGGAAACUAAGGAAACUAAGGAAGGCAGGCAGGAAAGAAGGAAUUCCUUCCGAAGAGUCAGAGCCAGUGAGAGCUAACUGUUAGCUCUAAGGGAGACUCAAUCAGUUCUCAAGUACUAAAACCUAUCGUCAUUGGUGGGUUUCCAAUCUAUUUUCUAGUUUUUUUUCCCAAUAAUUAUCUCGAGCAGUCCAACGGAAAAGACGACAUCCUGGAUGAAAGUACCAUUUGUGUGUGCGUGUGCGUGCGUGUGUGCGUGUGUGUCCACCACCCGGAGAUCAGGUCUGUAAUAGAUCAUGGCAGAGGAGGAGACCCACUGCGAGAAGAGGAUGACGAUUCAGGUCGGUGGCGGGAACCGCAUAACGGAUGAUCUGCUCGUGAGGAGGGCAGAGCACAACGACGGCCAUCUGACCAAUUUGGAGGAGAUUUCCCUCCAUCAGCAACACCUUGAGAAGCUCGACUAUAUCCACCGAGUGUGUGCCAAGCUCAAGCAACUCCAUCUCCAAGACAAUUGCAUCGGAAAGAUCGAGAAUCUCAAACGACUCAAGAGCCUCGAGUACCUCAACAUGGCCAUGAACAACGUAGAGCUCAUCGAGAACCUGGAGCGGUGCGAGAGUCUCACCAAACUGGACUUGACCUUGAAUUUCAUUGCCGACCUGGUCCAGAGUGUCGACAAUCUCCGGACUAACAUCCGACUUCAAGAACUCACAUUGAUGGGCAAUCCUUGCACAGAGUACCAAGGAUACCGUGAAUACGUCAUCGCCACAUUGCCGCAAUUAAAGACACUCGAUGGUCGAGACAUUAACAAAUCGGAGCGAAUUCAAGCUCAACAGAGAUUGUCCAUCCUCGAGAAACAAAUCCGGGAGGCUCAAGUCAGUUACUUUGAAAAACGAGAACGGGAAAAGCACGACAUACAAAGGGAACUAGAGGAGACACGAGCCCAAUAUGAAGAUCCCAAUCUGGAUUCAUCCACCAGGAGAGCCAGGUCGAGUAGCGGAGGGAGUCAGUCCUCUGACAAGUUUUGUUUUCACUCGAGCCACGAGUUAACGUUUUACUUUGAUGUCUUCAUAUCUGUUGGUGGAUUUAGGUUCUUUCAAUCUCAAAGUCGACAUGCGCCCGAGUUUCGUCAAGAAAUCUCUCGGAAAGUGUUCGAAUUCCAAAAAGAGGACGAGAUCAAUCGAGAUCCUUUCUUCCACGAGGAUAGUCAGGCUCGAAAGGCCAAUGGGUUGCCCAAGCGAUAUUUCGACGACCAUCUCAAACCCCUGAACAUCAAUCAAGCCAAGUUGGAAUUCGUAUUCGAUGAUUCAGAUUGGAACUUCAUCAAAGUAGAGUUGCAUCUUUAUAAGCACUUGAGUACCUCGGACAUUCAAGUGGAUAUCGAACCCCAAUACUUGCGGGUCACUCUGUGGCAAAAGCGCGUGUUCCAACUUCGAUUAUGUGAAGAAGUCCGAUGCGACUCGUCCCUUGUUCAACGCUCCCAAACCACCGGCCACUUGAUGAUCUCUAUGCCGCGAGUGAACCCUCUACCCAGGACCAUCUCCACCCAACCCCAAAGCAACGCAGAAGAUUCUCAGACGGAUCAGAAGAACUCACCGCUAUUGGAAGUGAGCAAUGCCACUAGAGUGGACUACACUCGCAUCGUGGAACCAGAGGAUCCGUAUCAAGAUGUCCCGGAUCUGGAACCGAUGACGCACGAGGGGGAUUAAAAUCUCAUCGAUCAGUGGCCACGUUUUUUCGCUUUGGAUGAAUUUCCAGGACGGUGUCUUGGUUUAGUGUCAACUACAUUCAUUCCAUUAAUAAACACACUGUUCGGUCUUUUG